UUCAGCCUGCUUCCGGACGGGUGAAGAGACUCGUGGUCUGGUUCUAGGACUUCCCUAACAGCAUGGCCCCUAAACACCAGUCUCCACUCCUGCCUCAAAAGAAGAAACCAAGACCACCGCCUGCUCUGGGACCGGAGGAGACAUCGGCCUCUGCAGGCUUGCCGAAGAAGGGAGAAAAAGAACAGCAAGAAGCAAUUGAACACAUUGAUGAAGUACAAAAUGAAAUAGACAGACUUAAUGAACAAGCCAGUGAGGAGAUUUUGAAAGUAGAACAGAAAUGUAACAAACUCCGCCAACCAUUUUUUCAAAAGAGGUCAGAAUUGAUCGCCAAAAUCCCGAAUUUUGGGGUAACAACAUUUCUCAACCAUCCACAAGUGUCUGCACUGCUUGGGGAGGAAGACGAAGAGGCACUGCAUUAUUUGACCAGAGUUAAAGUGACAGAAUUUGAGGAUAUUAAAUCAGGUUACAGAAGAGAUUUUUAUUUUGAUGAAAAUCCUUACUUUGAAAAUAAAGUUCUCUCCAAAGAAUUUCAUCUGAAUGAGAGUGGUGAUCCAUCUUCAAAGUCCACCGAAAUCAAAUGGAAAUCUGUAAAGGAUUUGACGAAACGUUCAAGUCAAACGCAGAAGAAAGCCAGCAGGAAGAGGCAGCAUGAGGAACCAGAGAGCUUCUUUACCUGGUUUACUGACCCUUCUGACGCAGGUGCUGAUGAGUUAGGAGAGGUCAUCAAAGAUGAUAUUUGGCCAAACCCAUUACAGUACUACUUGGUUCCUGAUAUGGAUGAUGAAGAAGGAGAAGGAGAAGAAGAUGAUGAUAAUGAAGAGGAGGAAGGAUUAGAAGAUAUUGAUGAAGAAGGGGAUGAGGAUGAAGGUGAAGAAGAUGAUGAUGAAGGGGAGGAAGGAGAGGAAGAUGAAGGAGAAGAUGACUAAUAGAACACUGAUGGAUUCCAACCUUCCUUUUUUUAAAUUUUCUCCAGUCCCUGGGAGCAAGUUGCAGUCUUUCUUUUUUUUUUCCUCUUGUGCUCAGUCACCCUGUUCUUGAGAUCUCUUUUCUCUACUCCAUGGUUCUCAACUUACUUGGGGGGAAAUACUUUGAGCAGAAUACAAUGGGAAAAGAGUCUCUACCCCUUUCUCUUCGAAGUUCAUUUUUAUCCCUUCCUGUCUCAACAAAAACUGUAUGGAAUCAACACCACCGAGCUCUGUGGGAAAAAAGAAAAAGCUGCUCCCUUCGCUCUGCUGGAAGCUGGAGGGUGCUAGGCUCCUGUGUAGUAGUGCAUAGAAUUCUAGCUUUUUUCCUCUUUUCUCUGUAUAUUGGGCUCAGAGCGUACACUGUGUCUCUAUGUGAAUAUGGACAGUUAGCAUUUACCAACAUGUAUCUGUCUACUUUCUCUUGUUUAAAAAAAGAAAAAAAAACUUUAAAAAAUGGGGUUAUAGAAGGUCAGCAAAGAGUGGGUUUGAGAUGUUUGGGUGGGUUAAGUGGGCAUUUUGACAACAUGGCUUCUCCUUUGGUAUGUUUAAUUGUGAUAUUUGACAGACAUCCUUGCAGUUUAAGAUGACACUUUUAAAAAUAAAUUCUCUCCUAAUGA